AUGACUGCCCCAGCACUUCAUCUUCCAAAAUCCCCCCUGGGCCGACACCGGCUGCUCUCGCCCAGUGCCGGAGUGCACGUCAGUCCACUGUGUCUCGGAGGCAUGAACUUCGGGACUGCAUGGACCAGCAUCAUGGGAGAAUGCAGUAAGGAGAACGCGUUUGCCCUGCUUGACUAUUUCUACGAAAUGGGUGGUAACUUUAUCGAUACUGCCAACAACUAUCAAGGCGAACAGUCCGAGACGUGGAUAGGUGAAUGGAUGGCUCAGUACCCGUUUCGCCGGGACGAGAUGGUCAUCGCCACCAAAUACACGUCGGCGUACAAGAUCGUGUCGGAGCCACAGCUGCAACAGUCCAACUUUGGCUCGAACAACGCCAAAUCCCUCGCCCUCAGCGUCGAGGCGUCCCUCGAGAAGCUGCAGACAAGCUACCUCGACGUCCUGUACGUGCACUACUGGGACUUCACGACGGGCGUCGAGGAGGUCAUGCAGAGCCUCAACCACCUCGUCGCCGCCGGGAAGGUGCUGUACCUCGGCGUCAGCGACACGCCGGCGUGGGUCGUCGUCAAGGCAAACGCGUACGCGCGCCGCCACGGCCUCCGCCCCUUCAGCGUGUACCAGGGCCGCUGGUCCGCCGCGGAGCGAGACUUUGAACGGGACAUUAUCCCCAUGUGCCGCGACGAGGGCAUGGGUUUGGCGCCGUGGGGGUCGUUGGGUGGUGGAUAUUUCAAGCCGUCAGUCUCGCAAACUCCUCGAUCGAACAAGGAGGAUGAUGAAGAGGGAAAGGGACGGAACCUCCCCAGCACGCUCACCGGAAAAGAGUCACAAGUCGGCCUGGUUCUGGAAAAGGUCGCCAACGCCCGCACGCCGCCCGUUCCCCUGACGUCCGUCGCGCUCGCGUACGUCAUGCACAAGGCGCCGUAUGUGACGCCCAUCAUCGGCGGGAGGAAGCUCGACCACCUGAAAUCCAACAUCGAGGCGCUCAGUAUCCGUCUGACGGACGCCGAGAUCGACGCCAUCGAGUCCGCGUAUCCCUUUGACGUGGGGUUUCCCAUGAACUUCGUCGCGGCGAAUCCAAAGGGCCCGAGGGGUCCCGAGGACAUUGUGUUCACCAGGAGAAUGAACCAUUUGGAUUUCGUCAAGGGUCCACAGCCUAUUUUACCCGCUUGA